CGGAGGGACGCGCGCACACUGCGAGUCUGCGCUCCGCGGCGCCGCUGUCCUCCUCUGCGCCUGCAGGCAGCACCAACCGGACUGAGAGAAAACGAGCUCGUGGAACACAGGUUCUCUUCAUUUUUGGGGAGGGGGAUUACGGAUCUGCAAAAGGCGCAGGAGCAAAGAAAGAAAGAAAGAAAGAAAGCAUAUCUUUUCUUCUGUUCCACUGAGAAGAAGGAGGAAAAUGCGCGCGGAGCGACGCGUCUAACGCACCGAGGAGUUUGUGAAAGCAGGUCCAUGAAGAGGAAAAAGAUCUGCAUCAAUUAAAUUCCUCUAUUCAAGGGAGACCAUUCUAUUCAGGAGCAAUUGGAUGAGUCUUAUUAGCCCCCUGCAACUAAAGAUGAUGUUACCAUGGAAACAAAUUGUCCUGCUAUCAAUCACCGGAUGCCUUGCAGCCUGUACGGAGGAUGUCAUAUUUCAAGGGCCAAGAUGGAGGACGGAGCCAAGUGACCUCAUUUUAUCCAUCAACUCCCCAGACCAUCAGGCCACCCUCACCUGUGAGGCCGAGGGGAGCCCGCAGCCGCAGUACAGAUGGUCACUAAACGGAACACUCAUUGAUCCGGGGCACAACUACCGGCGUCGGGUGUCUGGGGGCAGCCUGAUCAUUAGCAACCUGGACAAGGACCAAGACAGUGGCGUGUACCAGUGCACUGCUUUCAACACGAGGGGCUCUAUCUUGAGCCGCAAAGCCAGCCUUCAGUUUGCAUAUCUCGACAACUUCAAAACCCAGAUGGUAAGGAGUGCCGUCAACGUCCGAGAGGGCCAAGGAGUAGUUCUGCUGUGUGGACCCCCCCCACAUUCUGGAGAGUUGACUUUUGCCUGGAUCUUCAACCAGUACCCAUACUUUGUCCAACAAGACAGCCGGAGGUUUAUCUCCCAGGAGACUGGGAGUCUGUACAUCGCCAAAGUGGAGCCCUCAGACGUUGGCAACUACACUUGUGUGGUAAACAACACCAUCACAAGGGAGAAAGCCCUCAGUUCUCCGACACCAUUGGUCCUCAGGAACGACGGAGUAAUGGGUGAAUAUGAACCCAAAAUAGAAGUUCAUUUUCUGGACCCAGUUCCAGCAGCUAAAGAGUCGAUGGUGAAACUGGAAUGCUUCGCACUGGGAAACCCGGUUCCAGAAAUAAGCUGGAGGAGAACCAGCGGCGUUCCUUUCCCCAGCAAGGUGAAAAUGAAGAAUUCAAACGCCGUCCUGGAAAUACCCAAUUUCCAGCAGGACGAUUCAGGCACCUAUGAAUGUAUAGCGGAGAAUCGGCGAGGCAAAAAUGUGGCGCGGGGUCGCAUUUCAUUCCACGCUAAACCUCACUGGAUCCAGACCAUGACGGACUCGGCUUUGUCCAUAGAGGAAAACCUCUUCUGGGAGUGUAAAGCCAGUGGAAAGCCCAAACCAUCCUACAGCUGGCUGAAGAAUGGAGAGCAAGUGAUGGCAGAGGGCCGGGUGCAGAUCGAAAACGGGGCCCUCUCCAUAACCGCGCUGAACCUGUCGGAUUCCGGGAUGUAUCAGUGUGUGGCCGAAAACAAACACGGCACUAUUUAUUACAGCGCCCAGCUAAUGGUGUUGGCUUCAGCACCACACUUCUCCAAAACGCCACUAAAAACGGUGCUAAAAGCUCGCUUGGGCAGCGAGGUCACUCUGGAAUGCAAGCCCGAGGCCUCUCCCCCAGCAAUUAGCCUGUGGAAGAAAGGGAAUGAGAUUUUGCAAAGAAGCGAAAGGUUAUCGCUGUUUUCAAACGGAACACUUCAAAUCGCCAAUGUCACCAAAUGGGAUGCAGCCAUCUACACAUGCGUGGCUAAAAACCAGUUCGGAUCGGCGAGCACAUCCGGAAGGCUCAUCAUCACAGAACCCACCAGACUCACCAUGAGGCCCACCAACAUGGAGAUCAUCGUGGGGGAGAGCAUUGUGCUGCCCUGCCAGAUCGCCUCGGACCCCGCUCUGGAUGUCACGUUCUCCUGGGCGUUCAACGGGCAGCUCAUCGACUUCCGGCGAGACGGCGACCACUAUGAAAGAGUGGGCGGGAGCCUUUCUGGAGAUCUGAUGAUUCGCAACAUCCAGCUGAAACACGGCGGGAAGUACGUGUGUGUUAUCGACACCGAUGUGGAGAGCCUGUCCACCUCUGCCAUUCUGGUCGUCAAAGCCCCCCCAGGCCCCCCAGACAAGGUUACAGUGGAAGAAAUCACAGACAGCACUGCGCAGCUGAGUUGGACUCCAGGCCGGGACAACGGCAGCCCGAUUACCGGUUACAGCGUCCAGGCUCGGACACCUUUCACGGUGGGCUGGCAGGCCAUGGACACAGUGCCGGAGGCGGUCACCGGGAACAUGCUCACAGCCACAGUGGUGGGGCUGAAUGCAUGGGUGGAGUACGAGUUCAGGGUGGUGGCUCGCAAUGCCGUUGGCCUCGGAGAGCCAAGCCCGUCCUCUGCCAAGACCAGGACGGAGGACACAAUCCCUGACACGGCUCCCACUGAUGUUGGAGGGGGAGGCGGCACAAAGUCUGAAUUAGUGAUAACUUGGGAGCCGGUUCCUGAGGAGCUGCAGAACGGGGACGGCUUUGGCUACAUCAUCGCCUUCAGGCCGGCGGGUGCGGUCACAUGGACGCGGGCGGUCAUCUCCACGCCCGGCGUGUCUCGCUACGUUUUCCGCAACGACACCAUCCCACCCUUUUCACCAUUUGACAUCAAAGUGGGGGCCUACAACAACCGAGGAGAGGGGCCAUUCAGCACCAUUACCACCGUUUACUCGGCAGAAGACGUCCCCAGUGUGCCUCCUAAGAGGGUUUGGGCCAGAAGUUUGUCUGCGGCACAAAUUGAAGUAAUGUGGGAAGCUGUCUCUGACAUGCCUGAAAGAGUGCUGGGAUAUGAGGUUGUGUACUGGGAAGAUGACACCAAACCCGACACCAUCGGCAAAGUGCGCAUAACUGGAAACUACACCCUGGUUAAUAUCACGGGGCUGAAAGCAAACACGGCGUUCUACCUCUCUGUGGCUGCUUUCAACACUGCCGGCCCCGGACCGCAGUCUGCGCCCAUCAACUGCACCACAAAGAAGCCACCUCCCGAUCGCGCUCCGCUCAACAUACAAUGGACCAUGAUUGGCUCCACGCUCACCCUGCACUGGGACCCUGUGGUCGCCACGGAGACAGAGUCAAAGGUGACAGGGUAUUCGGUGGUGGUGAAGAAGCAUCGCUACAAUGAAAUCAACACCAUCUUCACCAACAAAACCACAGCCGAGCUCAGCCUCUCUGCCAGCGACAACUAUCUGAUUCAGAUCAAGGCUCUGAGCGAGGGCGGGGAAGGCGUGGGCAGCGAGCCCAUCCACAUACACAAGCUGAGCAUGGGGGCAAGAGGUUCGGGAGCAGGUCACCUCAGUCGGGUUUCCCUCUCCGCCCUACUCAUCCGGUCACUGCUCUGCUCGCUCUGGUGAUACGGGACAUCUACUUUCCCUUCUGUAUUCUUCUCGAUGCCGACCCUCAGCUGGACCGGCACAAGGUUUCAAUGGCGAGACUAGAACAGGAUUUGACUGAAACUCCAAAAGAAAUCGGAGUCCUUUUUGUAGGACAGUAAGAUGGAAUCCUAACCAGUGGCGUGUAUGAUAACUUGCAGGGUAUCUUCCAGUGUAAAAGUGCCAGGUUGUGCUUCAGAAAGUCUGACGUCCACUUGACCUUUAUUCUUUCAUAUGUCGUUCAGAUGCUAUUGCCUUAAAAGCCACUUCACAAAAAUAUAACAAACCAAAGUAGAGAACGCUUAUAUAAUAGAAAACAAAGUUAAACGUACACAGAAGCAUCACCGAUGCUUCCCGUUAACCUUCAUAUAAUCACAAGAGUUGCUGAAAACACAUUGGGUUUAGUGUGUCCUGUUGAAAUAGUUCCUGCAGCAGACAUUGCUAAGAAAUAUUUGACACAGACGCAAAAUCCAACCAAUUAAAAUAACGUUUGGCAGAGCUGUCAUGGCCAAUGUAACCAUGCGACUGCGCAUUUAAAUAUUAUCGGUGAUAAAGCUGCUUUUCAGUGAAAGGAAAUUUACCGUUUUAUUUGUCAUUGAAAUAAUGCUGUCCAACAAACAAACCAAGGCACUGAGCCACAGUUGAGUGCUGUUAUCAGACUAAUAUGGAUUGCUGCGUUCACACCAAAUGCUACUUGUGCAUCUAUUUGUGUCCGCCUCCACAACAAAUUUGCUGCUAGAUGCUUGUCCAAAAGUUUGAUUAUAAAUUUGACGUUCCUUGAAAGGAGCCAUUAAAAAGUUUUUCUCAACCUUGCUGCUUUAUCAUGAAAGACAUAGACGGUGUUGUGAGAGCAGCUUGACUAUUUAUUUUGGGGAGCUCCAAAAAGGUGUCAGCAAGCAUAUUGCCAUGUCUGGGUUCAUGAAAUCUCUCCCAGUGCGGUGAGGUUCAUCAUCUACUGUAGGACCUGUGUCAGAAUGACGGCCACGUCUUGGUACUAAUAUGAAAAAUAUCAAAGUUCAGAGGAGGACAAAUGGCAAUGGGCAGCUUUCCCUCUCAUGUUGGUUUUAAAUUUCAGCCGCUGAAUUCCUGAGAAACGUUAAUGUCAGAAUGUUUUGCACUUUUGGCCUCCACCCAUGUAGAAAGUGUCUCUGCGCCACCAGAAACAUGUUGCCACAAGAGAAUCACACAAUGCCUGAUGCUCAAAAUUCACCGCAUGACUCGUCGUAGCCUCUGUGCAUUAUCUUAACAUUUAAACUAGACGCCCCUGAUGUGCUCAUCGCAUAUGGUGUGAACGUAGCUUAAGGUUAUCUUAACUCACUAUCCAUUAGUUCUCGGCCAUGCAUACUUAGUGGUCACUCAGUACUACCAUUUCUGUACUUUUAAUACUUAUUUACUAUUAAAACUGAUUUCAGCAUAGGGAUGGUGGGGUUCCCAGUUUUGGAGCCUUCGGGAUCCCUUUCUUACUUCUUUGCAGAUGAUGUGGUUCUUGUAGAUUUUUAUUGAGACCUCCAGCUCUUGGAGUCCACUAACCCAAGUUUGAGUCUAUGGUUUUCUGCUAGAGCAGGGAUGGAUCGUCCUCAGCAACGCUGAUGUGACGGCAGUGUCGCUUCCUGCUAACUCUAUGUGAUGUGCCAUGAACUACUAGUAAACUUAGAAGUGACUUCUUAAACCAAUACCUGUGGCUAAAAUCAAAACAUUUUCAACAUAAUUUGUGGUUAUACAUAAAUAUGGUGUGUAACAAACGCUUUAAAUUCAUUCACACAAUCAGGCACUUGACGGCAAAUUGUUGCUCCUUCUGAACAAUGGACAACUCAACUCAUCACAAUACUGAUGUGUGACUGUACUGUAUAUCUAUCUUUGUUGAAAAGUGAAGGAUGGAUCAGUGCAGCUAUAUGGACGUUGUGUUAAGGGAUGAGUACGAGUUAUUGGAUUGAAAUGCUUUCACCCUCACCUAUAGUCACCAGCAGAAGUGCUGAAGGAAAAACUAAGACAUCAGAUAAAGCCGGCUACAAAAGGUUGAUGCUAAAUGAUAGCUGGAUUUUCACCUGGAGUGAAAAAAACAAGCUUCAUAUCAACUGGAUAUCCGGCUAUGAUCCCUUCUGGGUAUGUUUCGUGGACAUGCCCAACCAAGUGGUGGCACUCUGUUAGACCCUGGACCACAAUGAGAUAUUUCUCUAAAGAAAUUGUCAGAUUUUAUGGAGCUGGAGGUUGGGGUGGAGGGAGUCUAGGAGGUUGCUGCUCUUGCGACCCAAAUACAGUUAAGCAGAAGCGCAUUUAUGGAAUUGUUUAUCUGUGCCAUUUUUCCUAAAGAACAUUGCAUUGCGGGCAUCGUAUUUUCACUAGUGUUUGUCAAAUACAUGAAAAAUUCAUAAUUGAUGAGCUGUGCCUGAAACCCACUUAAUUUGGGUUGCUGAAAUAAUAUCAAGUCUGCCAGAGAGCCACAGGCUCCCGAGCUUUCUACUCCCUCAACAAGCCGAUAGAGCUUGGCAUUUCUGCUCUCUAUCUUGAGCUUCUAUAAAUAAUAAAUGCCUAUCACAGUCUGCAUUAUCAGUCCAGCGGAAGAGGUUGAGGGUGAUAGAUGUACGGUGAAGCUCAGUGCAGAUGCCCUGAAGUGUGCCGGGUUUUUUUCUAUACUACGAUGACCCCUGUGGUCUGAAACACAUCGCGAUCUACAGCCUAGAUGACCGGCUGCCACAAUAGGACAAGAUAACAGUGCCUUUAUUAGAACUUACCCAGUGUUUUUCUUUAUUUCCUGUCCAGAUAGCAGAGUGGUCUUUUUUUAUGACUUUGACGUAUAUUAGCGAUGAAAAAGCUCAGAAUGUGGCAGCCACUUUUAGUGAAAAGAAGAAAACAAUUGCAAUGGAAUGUGCAGAUGGCUGGUCCAGAUAUUCUUGAUCUGUCUCUUGGUCCCAGCAUAAAGCUACGUUCACACCGUCCUUGGCACCGUCAGGCGACCACUUCCAAUGUAAAGUCUAUGUAAACUCGCGUUUAGGGCUUCUGUGUUCAAAACAUUGCUACACAAGUUUCUAAUUACCUUUUAUAUGACCAUUUUCCUACAGGAAUAUGUCCUUUUAAUCCCCAAAGUGUCAAUUGUUUGAAAAUUGGUCAGGGAGGAGAAAUUGCGGUUUGUGCCGGUCCAGAAUUUUAUAAAACAAAGUCUGUCAUAUAUCAGAAUAGAGCUGUAAAAGAAAAAGCCUGGAGCAAAUUUGCAAGAUAUUGGUAUUUUAACAACGGCUCCGGGUGGUGGAUAUGCGCUAGUAAACACUAGCAAAAGAAAAAGACAAAGCCCCUCCCAGAUUGACCAUUGUCAACACCAUAUGCUAAAGACAGCAUCAGAAGAAUGGUGUGGGAAUGGUCUGGAGAGUCCAAAAACUGCGUACCUUUCACAGCUUUUACAUCAGUUGGUCAAAAGAAGCAACUGCUGGGGUCCUGGGUAAUGUUCAAGUUAAGGGACGUAGUCAACAGAACAGCUAUUUCUUUCUGUGCCUUUGCUAAAUGUGGGGUUGUGCAGGAUUUCUGAGCUAGAGGCAAUGUUUUGGUCUUCAUAUUGCACUCUUUACCUCCAAUCCCCUCCCCUUUCUUCUCAAAGUCAAAUUAAAGCACAACGAUUUGAUGCAAGGUGACUGGAAGUCGUCACUUAACCGUCUGAACAGGUGGACGGGACCCCAGAGGCCUCAUAAAAGGUCCAAACGGCUGACGCGAUUGGGCUGUCCUAUCUGCCCCCUUGACUGGAUUCAUAAAACUCUGUGCUCGUUGAUUAAACUGCUGCGGCCCAAGUCAACGGGAUAUUGAUUUUCCAGGGCCAUUAUUGUGACUGUCACAAUUCCAGCUGCUUGAUUGACCAAUGCCCAACUUCUUAUGCACUUGUUUUUUUGUGUGACAGUACAGUAUGUUAGGUUUUAAAAGUCCUCUACUAUCUAGUCCCCCCCCCCCAAAGACAAUGCUUCUAUCCUUACAAUUGGAAAGGAAUCUCCUUGUUUUCGUCUACUUUUUUUUUUUUACUUCAUUUACUCCUUAGACUCAAGACAGAAGAUGAGUAGCAUAGUGACAGAUUGUGGCUUUGAAUCGAAGCAGUGACCUGAAAUUGAACUGCUGAUUUGAUUUUUUAUUUUGUUUUUUGGGUUGCAAAUCAAAACCAGCUUCAUGCCAACAGCAAAGACGCCCGGUCUAACCAGCAUUUAAAACCAUGACAGUUGUUGUGUUAGAAACAAUUCAAGAUCACAAACUACUUUUUUUCUGGCUUUCAUGCAUAACACAGUUUAGAGGGAUGUUGCUAACGUGGCUAAUUGUCUCUACGGCAUUUUAUUCAAAUUGAGUAAAUAAACUUGAAAGGGUCAUGUUGGGUCAUUUCAACUGAAUAAAUGUGUUAAAACAAAUAUCCCAACAUAAAAUCAUUAAAAGGAAAUCCACAUUGUUAGCGCUUUACAAUUUUUUUCUUGCUACCAUGUUAAGCUAUUAGAUUGCUAACUAACAAUUUGCAUUUUUUUUUUAUAUAUCAGCAAAUAUCUACAUAAAACAUGCAUGUUGACUACAAAAAGGUAUUAUUUUACAACUUCUCCUUUCUGGGUUACAUUUAAAGUUCAUGAAUUACCAGCGCUUUAUAUUUAAUCCCAUCUGGGUGGUUGGUUAAAAUGUUUUCUUGGAGGCUAAAGGUCAUUUUGCAUCUCGCAAAAUCAUGCACAAUUGUGUAAGAUUUAGAUGCUAAACUACGUAAAAAACAGAUAAACUGUGUAAUUCUCCACUGACCAAAAAUAUUGAACAGCACAAACCUUAAUUCACGUUAAAACCCAUUGACCGAAACCCUAGACAGACAUCUGCGCUUAUCAGUAAAUGUAGAAUGCAAAAAAUACACCCUUCUAUGAUUCAUCUAUGAUUGAAAAACAUUUCUUUCACAACUCACAUAUCAGAGGUGGAUGGAAAUAGCAGCCUUUUUCUUUUUCUUUAAUCAAGAAUGGACAAUGAUUUUUGCAGAAAUUUAAGUUGUUGCGACAUUAAUCUAAACGUUGUGGUACCAUUUCAUUGGAUGUAGAUAUAAAAUGUAACUACAGAUUGUAAACUAAAUAAGGUUGAAAAUCUAAUUUUCCUUUUUCCAAAUGAUUGUCCUCAUCCUGAUAAUUACCAGCUUACUGAUUGAUGUCCACUGAUGUCCACUUCAUUAAUUUCUAAAAUUAGGCACAGAUUGUAACAGAUGAGUCUCCCUUAUGCCACACCAUAUGUGACUUGAGGAGGUAGAAAUUAAACUAUUUACAAGUGCCACUUUGCAAAAAACAAAACAAAAAGAAAAGUGCCACUUUUCCCUUCUGGUAUAUUUUGAGGAGAUUUUUUAGGAUGUAAUAUAAUUUAGCAAAAACAACUAUGUAGAGUAGUUCUUUUGGGUGAUUUACAGGAGGAUCUAAACACAUGGUAUAUUGAUCCACUUUUAACAUGAUCCCGUGGCAUUUUUCUGAUUAUGGAGAGAUCUUAAAAAAAACAAUGUAUUUGUUUUGUAAGAAAUUUGCUGGGCGGGGCAUAUACGUUUUAGUUUUGCUUGCCCGUUAUGGCAUCUGGCUCAAAACUGUGCAGUUGGAUAGCUCACCAUUACAUCAUACUGCCCACCAUUUUUUGUUGCACCGGUAAUGUUAGGUUGGGGUGUGAGAGGCUGUAAACCAGCCGGAGAGAAUGUGAACAGAGAGCUCUCGGCAACAGGGGAAGGCGGGUUUACACAGUGGUUGACCUAGAACUUGGAAGCAAAUUUCUAAUGAACUACUGCCGCUCUCUAAAAAACUAUGUCCCAAAAAACAAGAGGUUUUAUGAGUUUUGCUAAAAAAUUCUAUAUACCACUUUGAAAAGAUAAUCGUAGGUCUUUAAAUUCAGUUCAGUAUUUGUUCCUUAGUCUAAGUGAUGAUUUACAACAUUUACUAACCCCAUACUUUUUUCACAAGACAUUUCUGGGUUUUAGACAUUCACUAUUUUGUUCCUGCAAAUCUAUGUACAAAGAAAUAAAAAGCAAACAAACAAAAAAAACGUAUGUCUGGUCUGACCGGGUCUCUCAGCUGUUCUGUUUGAAGUUAAAUCAUUUCUUUUAAUUUCUUAGAAAUACAAACCCAAUAGCAAAUAAUUUAAUUUUUUUCAUAAUGUAAUUAAUUUAAUGUAAGUAAUAAUGUAAUUUCAUAAUUUUUUAAUGAACAAAAAAAUGUUUGAAGUCGCGCCAAAUUUGUCUAACAUCUGUUCAAGCGGAAAAUCAUAAAUUAAUGCUAAAAGUCACAAUCUAGCAGGUAAAGGAUGUGGCUGGAGUUUAUCAUCAACAUUUCUAUGAUAUUGCUUCAGUUAGUUUAGCCUCUGUAGUUAUUCUUAGGAAGUUCACCAACAAUGUAAAUAGCUUGCAAAUAUUUCUUAACAGCCACUUUACUGCUUUUUUAUAGUGUUUUCGGGCUUUAAUACUGAUGUAUUAAUCAAUGAUCUCUGUGAGAUACAUGUAUGAUGGCAUUUUCAUAUUGAAAAGUAACUGUAAUGUCUUGUAUACUAAAACUGUGCAUGUUAUUAAUGUUUGUUCAUUUGUGUUGUUUUUCUUUUUCUAAAACUAAGUUAAUAAAAAUGUUUAUUCAUGA